GCCACCUGAAACCGUGUCAAACAGAAGAACCAUCAAGAAGCAUCUAACAAGAUGAUCUGCUCCCAGUUGUGUUUUCUUACAGGUCUAGUCCUUGCGGUUCAUGCUGGACCAAUAUCGCAACCUGCUGCCACAGAUCAAGGCGUUGCGGAGAGUUACCUCAAAACUUUUUACAAUCUAACGGAUGAGGCUCCUAUUACCUUUCGCCGAGCAUCCACUGAAAUGAUUGAGAAGGUGAGAGAGAUGCAGAAGUUUUUCGGGCUUAAGGUGACUGGAAAGGUGGACCAAGAGACCAUAGAGGAGAUGAAGAAACCCCGCUGUGGAGUUCCAGACGUUGCCGCAUACUCCACGUUCGGAGAGAGUCUCAAAUGGAGAACCAACAAGCUCACCUACAGGAUUGUAAAUUACACACCUGAUCUGUCGGUAGCCGAGGUGGACGAUUCCAUUCAUAGAGCCCUGCAGGUCUGGGCCGACGUCACUCCUCUGAGAUUUACCCGUUUCAACAACGGUAUCGCUGACAUCAUGAUCACCUUCGCAUCAAGACAUCAUGGGGAUGCUAACCCUUUUGAUGGACCUUCUCAAACUCUUGCUCAUGCCUUUGCUCCCGGUGCUGGAAUUGGUGGAGACGCACAUUUCGAUGAAGAUGAGAAAUUCACGUUCCGUUCAUCAAGGGGGUUUGUCCUCUUCCUGGUGGCUGCCCAUGAGUUUGGUCACUCUCUGGGUCUUUCUCAUUCAAACGUUCCCGCUGCUCUUAUGUAUCCCACGUACAUCUUCAAGGAUGUUGAUAGCUUCUCUCUGUCUUCAGAUGACAUUCAAGGAAUUCAGUCUCUCUAUGGUCGAAACACUGUCGGAACCCGUGAUGUUCCUGAUCCGGAACCACCAACCAAUCCUGACGCUUGUGAUCCUAAAUUGAUCCUGGAUGCGGUUACAACUUUUGGGGGAGAAUCAAUGUUCUUCAAAGACAAAUACGUUUGGCGUAGCUCCCAAAACAGACGUGCGGAGCAACAUCUAAUCCAAAGCUUGUGGCCCAACCUCCCAAAUAAUAUAGAUGCAGCUUAUGAGAGUCCAGCUCAGAAUAAAGUAUUUGUUUUCAAAGGUAGACGUGUCUGGGCACUUUACGGCUACAAUGUUGUCAGGGGCUAUCCCAAAUCUCUCAGCAUUCUGGGUCUGCCGUCAUUUGUGAGAAAAAUUACAGCUGCUGUCCAUGACCAAAGCACUGGAAAAACCUUGCUCUUCGCUGACAGCUAUUAUUAUAGCUUCGAUGAGAGAAGGCGCAGGAUGGAGGCAGGGUAUCCCAGACAAGUAGAAGAUGGAUUCCCAGGGAUGGCUGGAGUUGUUACAGCAGCCCAUUAUUUUAGCGGUUACAUAUAUCUCUACAGUGGGACAAACGUGUAUGAGUUCAGCUCUAGAAGAAGGCUUUACCGGGUGCUUCAGAACAAUCAACUCCUGCCCUGUGUCCAAAAAUAAAUGAAAACUACAAUUUGAAGUAACUUGAAGUAUUCUAAAGAGAGUUUUCAAAAGCAUAGCAUAAAUUUACAUUUACAUUUAUUCAUUUGGCAGACGCUUUUAUCCUAAGCGACUUACAAGUAGUCAACACGCUAAACAGUACCGCUAGUUCACAAGGCCAUGCUACCUGGAGGAUUAAAGCUGUAGUGAGCAAAGGAGAGAAUGAACAACAAGAAAUGAAAUGUAUGUGUUUAGAAACAUGAAACGCUAUUUUUCAUCUAUUUAACAGAUAACUUAAAUAUAAAUGUUGUAACAUAUGAAUUUAAAAUGUCUGUAUUUUCAAAUAAAACAGAUUUCUUUAUUACCUCAAA